CUUCUCUGGAUAGGAUUCUAAGGAAACCUAGGCUUGGGGGUGGGGGGUAAGGGGGUGGACCUUGUGAGAAGCCCCCGAAGCCAUUGGCUGCCCGGGUCUGGGUGAUUUGCAUAGCCCCGCCCUCCCCGGGAAAUCGAAAGUGAAAAGCAGCUGCAUCCAGCUCAGCUCUGGGAAAGGGGGAGACACGGGAUCUUGGGCUGCAGAAAGCUUCAGGGAGGAUGGGACAGGGACUCAGCAGCAUCCCGGCCUGGGAGCUGGACAAGUUCAUAGAGGACCACCUCCUUCCCGACACCUGCUUCCGUCGUGAUGUCAAAGCCAUCAUCAAUAUCAUGUGUGAUUUCCUGAAGGAGAGUUGCUUCCAAGACGCCGCCCACCCUGUGAGGGUCUCCAAGGUGGUGAAGGGCGGCUCCUCGGGCAAAGGAACUGCUCUCAAGGGCAGGUCGGACGCCGACCUGGUGGUGUUCCUUACCAAACUCACCAGCUUUGAGGAUCAGUUAAAGCAACGGGGAAAGUGCAUCCAGGAAAUUAAGAAACAGCUGUACAAGUUUCAGAGAGAGAGACAUAUUUGGGUGAAGUUUGAGGUCCAGAGUUCAUGGUGGCCCUACCCCCGGGUACUCAGCUUCAAACUGAGCUCCCCCCAGCUCCAGCAGGAGGUGGAGUUUGAUGUGCUGCCAGCCUAUGAUGUCCUGGGUCAUGUUGGCAUCUACGGCAAACCUGACCCUGAAAUCUACAGAAAGCUCAUCAGAGAGUGCACCUCCCUGAGGAAGGAGGGCGAGUUCUCCACCUGCUUCACAGAGCUCCAGAGAAACUUCCUGAAGCAUCGUCCAACCAAGCUGAAGAGUCUCAUCCGCCUGGUCAAACACUGGUACCAGCUGUGUAAGGAGAAGCUGGGGAAGCCGCUGCCCCCCCAGUAUGCCCUGGAGCUGCUCACAGUCUAUGCCUGGGAAUGUGGGAGUAAAGCCCCUUAUUUCAACACAGCCCAGGGCUUCCGGACAGUCUUGGAACUGGUCACCAAGUACAGGCAGCUUCGAAUCUACUGGACAGAGUAUUACGACUUUCAAGACCAGGACAUCUCCAGUUACCUGCACAGACAGCUCAGAAGAGCCAGGCCUGUGAUCCUGGACCCUGCUGACCCAACAGGGAACGUGGGUGGUUCAAACUCAGAUGGUUGGGGGCGACUGGCGGGAGAGGCUAAGGCCUGGUUUCGGUACCCAUGCUUUAAGAACAAGGAUGGUUCCCCAGUGCGCUCCUGGGAUGUUCAGACGGAGGUUGGUGUACCACACCAGGAGACUCAUUUUUUUCGCAAUGUCUGUUUAUUUUUGUUGUUUUUAUUUGUUUUAUUUAUUUCAAGGGCUGCUUCUGCAUAGCACAGGCUAGCCUGGAGCUCACCAUCCUCCCGCCUUCGUGCUGGGAUGACUGCAGUGUAGACCUGAUGUGCCCUGCCUUCCCUCCAUCCUCAGGUGGAUGAGAAUGGAGCAUGCCUCCUCCUGUGAGCUCAGUAGCACCCUUCCCAGAAGGCUCCCAGAGUCAGGGGGAUGUGCUCCUCUGUUGCAGGCCUUGACCAGAGAGGUCAGGAUGCAGCCAAGGCCCCAGAGAGGGAGUGUCCAACCUGGAGUCAGACUCCAGGCUUCUGACCCUGGCCCACCUACCCUUCCACCCUGUCCCAUCACAGACAGCCUUCCUCGCAGCCUGCUUCAUCAGCUGUAUCCUCUGACAGUGUUGCCUGGGGGACAAGAGAUGCAGAAGGGGAGGGAAGAAUUCCAGCUUGACUUCUGUCUGGGUGUCUGUUGGGAGGUUCUGUCCAAUGUCUGAUGAACAAUAAACCACAGUCGAUGCCAUGAGGGUGUGUGAGAGUC